AUGGAGAAAAUUGAGGUUUCACCUGAUAUUUCAUAUUUCCCUCUCUCUGUAACACUUUUCCCUCCAUGCUCUCUAACAUUUUCUCUCUCUUUCAUCCCUUCCCUCUCUCUAACACUUACUAUCUCCUUAUUUUCCCUCCUCUCUCUCACUAACACAUCCUCUUUUCCUAUUAACCUCCAACUUGCAGUCUCCUCAUUCCCCUUCCUCUCUCUCUGUAACACAUGCUCCCUUGCUCUUUUACUUCCUCUUUUCCUCUUUCUAUCUGAAAACCUUUCUCUCUCCUACUCCUCUUCCUUGUCAUCUCUUUCUAAUACUCACUUCCCUUUCUCCUCUUUCUCUCCUUCACAUGCUCUUUUCUUCUCUCUCUUUCUUUCUCUCUCUCUCUUCAUUGAGCCACAUGAAAACAUUCGGUGGGAAGAUGUUCCCAAAGAAUCCAUAUAUUCUAUGUCAAAUGGGUCCAACAUGGGCAAGAUCGUCAAACUCUUCAUUAAUAUGUCUGGCGCUACUGGCCUUGGAUGUCGAAUUGCCAGUGGACCUUCCAAUCAUCCAGGAAUUUUCAUCCAAUUUGUGAAGAAAGGAGGACUUGCAGAGGAAGCAGGUCUUGAAGUUGGCGAUCAAAUUAUGCAUGUGAACGAGACCAGUUUCCUAAAUGUUAGUCAUUCACAGGCUGUGGUAGCCCUGAAAGGCUCAAAACAUUUGGAAGUUACCAUUCGUAAAGGAAUUGGUAUAUCUUUGACUGAUUCAGCUGCCAAUGACUCUGUUUCUACAAAUGCCCCAACUGCACAUACAGAAUCAACUACAUCAACAAGCAGCUACACAAAUCCAGUUACUCCAAAAGAGGAAGAUAUUGUCUUCAGUCAACUUGAAAGGAGAACUGAACGUAGAAUGGCUCCAAGGCCUCCAACUGACCAACCAACUAAUGUGAAUGGACAUUUUGAAGAAACAACACCAGAAGCAAGUUCCUAUGAAGAAGAUGCAUCCAGACAGGAAUUGGAGAAUACAAUGCUUAUAAUCCAACGAAAAGCGCAGCAGCAAGAACUGUAUGAGCGAAUGCAAAAAGAGGAGGAAAAGGCCGCAGUGGAAAAAGAACGGCAAAAAGAAGUGAAGGGCUUUCAGCAGGACAAAGCAGAGGUCAUGCGAGAAACUAUCCUGAAAACAUCAAGCAGUAUUGAAGAUAGCCAAAAUGAAAACUUUGUUCUCAAGAAACAACCCGCACCACUGGCACCUCAUGUCCCCAAUCGACAGAAGAACAAAUGUGGAAGCACGUGUGAAGACCUAACCGAUAUGGAAGCAAGACGACUGUUCAGUGUGGAUCAAAUCGCUCGAAGACAAAUCCGUUUGAUCAAAAUAAGAAUGAAUGGACCACUGGGCAUUGAAGUUGAAGGCGGACUGAACAGUCCCCUUGAUGGGAGGAUCAAUGUUGCAGCCAUAUUUGACGGGGCUGCUGCCAGACAAGGGGGUAUUCACGUUGGAGAUCAACUGAUGAUGGCUGACAACAUCAAACUGAUUGAUGUCUCCUUGAUUCAAGCGGAAAAUGUCCUGGAUCUUGCAGAAAAAAAGACAGGAGAACUGGUCAAAUUUAUUAUUGCAGUUGCACCUCCGAAAUAUUAUGAAGAAGAAGCUACUUAUUUCUGA